AUCGAUUGUGACACCUCUUCUAGUGACCAGAUUGAAUGUGUGUCGGCUGACGGAAAAACAGAAAAACCAUUAGAAAUAUGGAUGCUAACAAAGCGACAGAAACGGCAGCCAAAGAAAACGCCGCCGAUAAGGUAAGCGAGGUGGAAAAUGCAACUGCCGCAGCGGGGGAGGCAGCGAAAGUCGAAGGGGGCCCCAAAGAUGCAGCCGAACCCCCUGCAGCCGCCGCUGAAGUCGACGCCACUGCGGCCGCCACUGAUGACGACGCUGAUAAAAAAACCAAAGGAGACGCAGCAGCGGUUGUUUCAAAUACCGAAUCAGAUGCAGCUGCAGCGGACAAAAAGGAGAAAUCCCCUUCGCCGGCGGUGAAGAAAUCCAAUAGUAAGGAUGCUAAAAAGGAGGAGGAUUCCGAAAAGGAAGACGAGAACACGGAGGAUGGCGAUGAGCCGGAGGAGGACGAUGAGAAAGCCAGUGAUGAAGAGGGAGAGAAAAAGAAAUCAAAGCCAGAAGCAGAGGACAAGAAAAAGGAUGUCACAGAUGAGGCCAAGCCAAAGUCCGGAGCGGAAAAGGCGAAGAAACCGGAGCCUAAGGCCAAGAAUGGCAAGGUUGCCAAGGAAGAGGACGAUGAGGAGGAGGAUGAUGAUGAGGAUGCUGGAGAUGCUGACGGAGACGAGAACGAUGGCUUGGACAAGAACAAUGAGGUGGCCGAGGAUGAUGAGAAUGUCGUGGCUCUGGCUGAGAUUGAUCGCAUCAACGAGAACAUCAACAAGACUCGAGUGGAUGGCCUUCAGACCUUGCAUGCACUCUGCUUUGGUGCCCAAGGCAAGAACAAUGUGGUGAAGAAAAACUUGCGCUCCUUUGCCGGCUUUGAGUUUGCAAAGGAUUCAGCGGAGUACAACAAAAAACUGGAGGCCAUCAAAAAGGUGGACAACAAGGGGCUGCGCAGUAUCUGCGAGAUCCUUACCCUUGAUCGCAAGGGCAGCAAGAACGAGACUGUUUUGCGAGUGCUGAAAUUCCUAAUGGAACCCGACGAAUCGCUUUGCUUGGAGCAAGGCGACGAGGAGGAGGAAGACCCCGAGGAAGAGGAUCUGGAUGAGGAGGAGGAGGACCCGCCCAGCGAGGAGGACAAGAAGCGCAAGAGCGGCAAGUCAAGCGGUGCCGCUGGUGGUAGAGGCUCGGCUCGCAAUUCCACUGGACGUCCCAGACGAUCCACGGCAGGAAAAAAAAUGUCCGCAUAUGUAGAUUUCUCUAGCUCUGAGGAGAGCGAGCAGAAAGUGGCAGUGCCCAAAAGGAAACGCAACGAUGACUCGGAAUCGGGCUCAGAUUACAAUCCCUCUGGCAAUUCCGAUUCUGAUGCCGGCCGUGGUGGUGGCGGCGGUGGUGGUGCUGGUGCAGCAGGUCGCAAAGUCCCAAGUCGCGGUCGUCCGGCGCGCAAAAGUCGCCGAAGAAACUCCGAUUCCGAGGAAGAAGAGGAAUCCGAAGUGUCCGAAGCCGAUAGUGAUGUCCCAAAACGCAAGCGUGGUUCCGUGGGCAAACGUGGUCGACCGGCAGCUCCUCCGUCAGCUGGACGAAGGGGCAGAGGGCGGGGAGCAGCUUCACGAAAGCGCAAGGAUUCCGAUAGCGAAGAGGAUGAUGCAUCCGAGGAUGAAGAGGAGGAGGAGGUCUCGGAGUUUGGCAGCGAUCAAAGCGAGGAGGAACGUCCCAAAAAGAGUAAGAAACUCACUACGCCUGCGAAAAAUAGCAAAGCUAACAACAAGUCAAAGCCAGCUGGAAAAGCAGAUAGUCGAUCGAAAAAAUCAAAGAAAGAAUCGUCCGAAGAAGAGGAUGAUGUCGAUGACAAAGAUGAAUCCGACGAGGACGAGCCACUAACCAAAAAGGGCAAACUGGCAUUCCCAACGGAUGAACAAAUACGCGGCUAUGUCAAAGAGAUCUUGGAUAAAGCCAAUCUCGAGGAGAUUACCAUGAAAACAGUGUGCAAGCAGGUGUAUGCGAAAUAUCCAGACUAUGAUCUAACAGACAAGAAAGAUUUCAUCAAGGCCACAGUCAAAGCGUUAAUUGCGACAUAAAACUAAGUAGCGAAGAGUGCACUUUGAAGACGGGGGAGGGUCCAGGUCCUGUAGACAAACAAAAUAAAACAAACCGCGACAUCAAAGUCUGCAAGUUGUUUGCCAAGACAGAACAACGUUUGGCAUAGUUUGCGAAAAGUAACUCUUAGCAGUUGUCCUAUAAGUAUAUGAUUUGUAAUCCUAUCCUAAAAGCUAUCUGCAGUUUACCUUAAUUCUAAAGUCAGCGGCAGUAGACUAUCCAUUCUUAUAUAUAUUCAUGUGUAUAUAUAACUUUUUAUUUGUCCAACCGCACGCACGCAUACACAUUAUUUUCUAUUUUCUUGAAAGUAUGUGCUCUCGACAGCCCUGCAGAAAGUGUGUAAAUUAAGAAAAACAACAGAGAAACUUGUAAAAAUCCGAUAAAAGAACUAAACUGUAGUGCAUUUUGAUUUGACGUUCAACAAGAAAUUAUGUAUUUAAAGUUAAGGCACGAGAAAUAAUAAACAAAAAAGGCAAAAUUAAAAA